AUGUGCCUUUACCUCACACGUUGCGUAUAGCCUGGGUUCCCAAUACUGGGCAUACUUUCUACAAUCCCUACCAAGAUGCCUGACGCAACAGUAAUCAAUAACCUUGCCGAAGAAAUUCAUGUUGCUUUCUUCUUAGGCGUCCCUACCAAUUGGAAAAAUCAGCUCAAGCCCGGAGAACGUUGGACAACGCACCUCGCCAGCCUCCCGCAUCGUUUUGAAGCGCGCUCUGUGACGGAGAGUCGCGAGUUCAGUCACGAUGAAUCCAUGGAGAUGCUUGCAACCAUCGGAGGCGCUUGCGCUGCCGGUACUGCUUCUGUAGUUACAGGGGUUGUUGGCAUACCCGCUUCAGUGCCGCUUAUGGCUAUUGCGAAUGCUGGUGGCGCAAAAUAUGGUGGAUGGGGUGCACAUGGGAGGAGGUGCAUUACGAGAGUGUGGGUGCCAUUGUGGCACCAUCGGGAGUAUUCAGUCAGAAUGGUUGAUGGGAAGUGUGUUCUAUGGGAAGUCGGUGCUAAUAGAUUGGUCCAAUAGCUAUGGCUGUUUUCCGGACUGCGCGUUUCAUUUGAUUGUACAUACCAGUAGCUAGUUGACUAUGAUUAGGGCCUGCAAGAGGACGACUGCGUGCUAUGGCCAAUCUACCUACUGGUUGUCAGAUGCAGAGUCGUCGGGAGCUUCGGAGUCGGGUACUACGAGCGCAGAAAGGCACAUAAUGAAGUGACAAAGGACAUCGACCAAGGUUCGAACGCUCAUCCUAUUUAUUUUCCCC